AACAUCACCCUACUAUACCAUCCAAAACAUCACCCUACCAUACCAUCCAAAAUUUCCGUCCUUUCAUCUCUCUCUCUCCCUCUCUCCCCGAAAGCACUACAAAUCUCUCUCUCUACCAAGUACUGUAUCCAUGGCGACUGGGAGGAAACCGGCGAUCGCCGGUAGCGCAGCGGUGGCUCCGGCGAAAUCGAAGACAGCCAAGGCAUUGAAGGGUAAGAAACCGUCCGACUCGAAGAAGGAUAGGGCACAUCCUCCGUACGCUGAGAUGAUCAGCGAGGCGAUCGUGGCGCUGAAGGAGAGGACCGGCUCGAGCCAGAUCGCGAUAGCGAAGUUCAUCGAGGAGAAGCAGAAGGCGAGCAACCUGUCGCCCAACUUCAAGAAGCUCUUGCUCGUCCAGUUGAAGAAGCUCGUGGCCGCCGGGAAGCUCGUCAAGGUGAAGAACUCCUUCAAGCUCGCCCCCGUGGAGAAGAAGGCCGCGGCCGCGCCGGCGAAGAAGAAAGCAACCGAGGCUGUGGCGGUGGUAAAGAAGGCUACUCCGGUGAAGGCGAAGAAGGUUGCGGCCGCGAAGCCCAAGGCGGCGGUAGCGAAGCCGAAGAAGGUUGCGAAGACGGCUGCGGUAGUGUCGCCGGCUAAGAAGAAGGCGGUCGUGGCGGCGAAGGCGAAGAAGGUGGCGCCGGUGAAGGUGGCGAAGAAGCCGAAGAGCAUUAAGUCGCCUGCGAAGAAGGCUGCGACGGCGAAGAAGGGGAGGAAGUGAGGAGUUUCAGCGGUUUGGUUGUAGGGGUAGAUUAUGUAAAUGUUUGGAAAUGUGGGGGUUAGGUUGUAUGGAUUACUAGUGGGGUUUUUAUUUUUUUUUUCCCGUCGAUGUAAUGGUUUUGUUGAUUUGGUAGUAGUGGGAUUUGGGUGUGUUUAGCAGUAACAGUUUAUUAACGAAAGGGUUUGAAUGAAAUUCUUGUGGAGAAUUUCUAC